UGGAAGCCCAGUCCCCCAAUCCCGGAGAGAGUCAAAUUAGCAGAAGUCCCAAUUCCUGCCCCCCCACUCCCCGCCCCCCAAGAGGCUGCCUCUGCCUCCACCCUUCUGGGGCAGGAGAGGGCAUCUGUUCACUUCUGUAAAGGGAAGGGGGGUACGAACUAUAUCUUCGCUCUGGGCAGACCGGUACGGGCAUACCUGUAGCUCCUGAGGUCCCACUGGGUUUGAGGACAACUUUUCACCUUUCUGGAAGAGAAGAUGUGCUGGAAAACGCUGCUGCUUCUGCUGUUGUGCUACAAUGCCCAGGCUACUGUGCCCCAUAGGUGGAGCAGGGCCGUGCUCUUCCCUGCUGCCCAUCGGCCAAAGAGAUCCUCAUCGAUGCCCUUGAACCCCGUCCUGCAGAGCUCCCUGGAGGAGGUCGAACUGCUCUAUGAGUUCCUGCUAGCUGAACUUGACAUCAGCCCUGACCUGCAGAUCUCCAUCAAGGACGAGGAGCUCGCCUCCCUGAGGAAGGCUUCUGACUUCCGCACCAUCUGCAACGACGUGAUCCCCAAGCGCAUCCCGGACAUCCGCCGGCUGACUGCCAGCCUCUCCAGCCACCCCGGCAUCCUCAAGAAAGAGGACUUUGAAAGGACAGCGCUGACCCUGGCCUACACGGCCUACCGCACAGCCCUGUCCCAAGGGCAUCAGAAGGACAUCUGGGCCCAAUCCCUCCGUAGCCUCUUCCAGGCCCUGCGGCACGACCUGAUGCGGUCCUCGAGCCCCAGAGUGUCUCCCUGAGAGACUGGCCUGCACCAGGACCACAGAGCAGGGACCCAUGCACACAGUAAUCCAAAUACUCUUCACUCCUACUCCGUCUACAGAGCCCAGCAACAAAGCCCAUCCCACCAACUCAGAGUAGCCGAGGUUAAAAUAAACACCGCCAUGUUCUUUGCCCCUUAUAGAUUCCUGACCAGCACGUCUGACUCAUGUCACAGUGCAACCUGUGCUGGAAAAAAGGGCUAGACCGGGAAUUUGAGAUGUCUCCAAAGGCCCAGUGAUUUGCCUGGUGACAUAUAGAAGUCUCAGCCAUGCUCCAACACUGAGCGACCGCCAUGAACACCCAAGGCCAAGCACAGAGUUAGAGGAGACAGCACCGAGGUUUGGGCAUGGCGGGAAGACCAGGGACAGACAUCAGGCUGCGAGGUUGAUUGAACAUCUUUCCAAAGGUUCUAUAGUAAGAGAUUAAAAACAACAGCAACAACAACAACAAAACCCAACCUAGAGCUAUAGCCAAAUAAAUACAUUGUUGGUCAAAGAUAUACUUCUCACCUUUUCCAAAAGUCACAAAGAAGAGUCAGUUGGAGAAUCAGUAAUUUUAGGACCUAUAGGUCUUGAUUCUUCUUCUCUGAAAGCUGACCUAAUACAGAGGAGAAACAUGAAGGGGCCCGCAGGAAGGCUGCGAGCAGUCAUGCCCUGCCUUCUGAACAGAGAGAGCAGGCUAAUGCAGAGAGGGUCACCCUCGUCACCCUAAUGCAGUGGUGGCAUCAAAGGCCAUGUCUAUCCAGAUGCUUAAAAUCAUUUAGCGUCAUCAGAAAAUGAGGUGCUUCCAGUAAAACAAAUUUUUUGGACGAUGGGAUUUCCCCUUUCAAAGGCCAAAACUUUCCUUCGAGCAACAUUAACUUGGUAUAUUUUUAAGCUCUACAUAUGAAACACCUUGGGCUUUUAUUCAAUAUCUUUGAAACACUCUGAUGAAGGAGUUGGAUAAAAUAAAUUCUAAGAUCGUUCUACUUCUGAAAGAUCCAUAAUCACUGAGCUAAGUGAGCUAUUACGGGGAGGACCUAAGGGUCCACUGGACUGUUUGCCCCAAUCGUGGAAGGCCCCAGGCUUUGCUAAUUCUGCAUGUGCUGUGAGCUCUUCUGCUACCUUCCUCACUGUGAGGCUGUAAGAUGCACUUUUCUUUCUUGCCAACAGAACCCACCCUUCACAGCAUGUUCUUUCUUGGCACCUGCUAUCCCACAAGAUGGCUAGGCUUGUUAUAAUUCUACAUUAAAUAUGAGAAAGUAGAUGAAGAUCUCUGCUAGCAGGAAAGCACUGGGCUCUAAUGUAGACUCCCCACCAGCUCAGAGAUCUUUCUGGCUCUCCUAGGUGGACGCUGAGUUUUGGAGGCCAACGUCGCAAGAGAGCUAAUCUUCGAAAGAGUGAGACCUCAUCGGGCUAACUUUGAUUGUGAAAUGGGUAUUUAACAGUGUUCAUCUGAUGAUGCCCAAAGCUGCUCUGGACUUCUUAAAAACUUUGAAGAAGUGAUCGCCGAGCAGCAUGAGCUGCAUAAUCACUUUGGAGAAAUAGUAGGAUGGAGGAAGAAGGUAUUCAUCGUCAGAGAAGAAUACAGCUUGGCAUCCUCAUGUUCUUGGGUUCAGAAGAUUAAUAACUGUCAGUCUCACUGGUUCUCAUUCCCUGGUUAUACUUCUCUCUUACCUCCCUCAAAUGCAGUCUCUGAUAUUUGCUUUUUGUUCAGCUUUUCUCUUUCUAAUGUGUUCUCUUUGACAUGGUCACUAAGCUGGUCUCUAUUUUAGUUGGUGUCUCUUCUGCUCUAUCUUUGGGCCCAAUUCUGAUUAUCUUUGUAUCCACUUCUUAGAGGCAUCUCCCAGUCUCUUUUGGCUGACUUUUGCUCACUUGAGCUCUGCCUGCCUGCACUCUGACCCUCACUGUCUUUCCACCCCCUUUGGGUAUCACUGACUCAAACAAAGGUCAAGGUAUAGGGUUGGGAUUUCCCAAAAGGAGGAUUGGUCUCAUGGUCUGCCUUCACUAUUUGUCCUUUCCCUCGGUGUGGGGCAGGGAGGAGGUGAGCAGAGGCCUCAACCCUUCCACGUUGUGCAAAAGCCUGACCUCAGAGUCUUGCAUCCCAUCCUGGGAUACCAUUCCCCUUAGGUUGGAUCUGAGUGCUUUCUUCCCGUCACUGGGUGGAAAGGCCGCCUAUAAGCCCUGCCUUCCAUGUGAUGAUAUACAUGGCUGCUCCGAGGGGUAGGAGAUCCACGAAUGGGAAGAUGGUUCCCAGGACCAAUGCUAAAAUGGUGGUUCGUUCAACCUGCAGCAAAAAAUUGAAGGCCUUAUGUAGUUAUAAAUCGGGGCCCAUAUUUAUGCAGCUGGCAGCCAACGACUGUAAAAGAAAUAGAAACAAGAAGGGCAUGAUCUUUUUUAAGACAAAAGGAAAUUUCAUUUUCAUACUAACUAGAUGACCCUAUUAAUGACUAUUUUAAGCUGAAUACAAAUUGUUUACCCACAGGAACAGUUUAUAAUAAGAACUUCACCUACAUGCAAAAUCAAAUAUAACACUCACCACCUCCACCCCAAGAUCCCACCCUCUGCUCAAUGAACAGUAAAGCGGUAGACUGGACAGAAACGGACUGUCCCAUUUUGCCUCAUUAAUACCACACCGUAACACCACAAGCACAACCGGGUCACAUUUUGCCAUAUGUAUGCAUAGACAGUAAUCUAGAGCAUGGUGGCUGCCAUGGAAAUUUGCCUGUAACUUAUGGAACUUUUGGAAAUUUUCCUAUAACUUAUGCAAUUUGCCUGUAACUAAUUCUGCCAUCUCUAUACCGCUGGGGACUUUUAGGAUCUAAAAAUUCUGGAAGCGUCUUCUGGAGUUGGCAUCCUCCUGGCUACCUCUGGUGUCACUCAAGAGACAGUGAAAAAACAUCAUCUUACCUUGAAUCUAAGAGAAUCAACUGAGUGAUAAAUCAGUCAGAAGAGAUUUCCACAGGUGAACGCUUGUCAAAGGUCUUUACAUGGCGCCCCUUGGUUUCCUAACCCAUUUUAACAUCUUACAUUAUUUUUUAUUGUGGUAAAAAAAUACAUGAAAUUUACCAUGUGAAUGUCUAACUGGGCAGUACAAUAGUGUUAGCCAAAUGGCAGGACAGAUCUCUAGAACUUUUUAUCUUACAAAAAAAUGAUACCUCUGGAACAACUCCCCUCCCCCCUCUACCCCACAAUGGCUGGCAACUGCCUUUCUACUUGAUGUUACUAAGAGUUUGACUACUUUAGAUACCUCAUCUGAGUGGAACCUGCCUUCUAUCUCUCAAGCAUAGUGUUCUGGAAAGUGUUUUCUUCAUCUGAAAAACAGUAGAGUCCCAAAGAAGAACUACUGGUCUUAACUGUGUCGCUCACCUUACCUAAUUUUAUUUAACAAUUAUUCACUUAUGGUGUAAUAAAAAUGUCCUGAUCAAGUUUACUA